CUCACAUCUUCCUCCUGCAGCCGCGCCCUGGUCCCGGACAUCCCAAGCGCCGUCCCAUCUCCUCCCUCCCAGUCGAAUCUCUGCUCUUCCAUGGCUGCUUGCUCCACUGCGCAGCCGCUCAGCUCCAUCUCCUCCCAGUGCGUGCGCUCUACUUCUUCUUCCUCUCCAGCCGCGGCAUCGCCUGCUCCCUGGCCACCGCGCUUCUCUCUCUUCCAGCCGCGAAGCCCCAUGGCGCUCCUCUCUCCCUCCCAUGGCCGAGCAUCCAGCUGAUUUUCCCCGCCGUGAGCUCGACGCCCAGCCGUUCCUCUCUUCUCCCUCAAGCUCGCCGUGGAGCUUCUUCCCUAGCCGAGGCCCCUGUUCGACCGCGUUCCCUUGUGUCCUCCCCUGCAUCGUGCCCUCCCUGCUCCACCUCCUAUGGCCACGCCCUGGGAUUUGCUGGAGCCUGCAUCCCCUCGACACCGGAGCUCUCUGGCUUACCUCUCUGCGUGCCGAGUUUCUCCUCUGCGCGGCGCGCCUGGGAUGCUUGCCGGCGCUCAGCUCCACCACGCUCCAUGAAGUCCCUACACGCAAGCUGUCUGUCGGCCGAGCUCCAUCGUGUCGCAUCUUCAGCUCGCUCCUCUACGCAGCCGCGUUCCUCGUUUCCGGCCGGACCUCCACCUCGCCCCUGACGUCGAUCUGUCCGUCCUGCCGUCGCUCAACUCGUGCGUGCCCUGUGUAUUUUCCCCGCUCGGCGUACUCCCUCGCUGGUGGCCGAGCAGCUCACUCAUGGUGUCCAGCUCGCGUCCACCUCCUCUGUUGUUGACAUCGUGCGCUCGACUUCUCUAGCGCCGAUCCGCACUCGCUCAUAUCGCCAUCGUCGUGUUGUCGCUGGUGUAGCUUCGCGUGCUGUCAAGCCAGUCGUUUUCCUGUCCUGUGCUCGCGUGGUUUCCUGCUCGCCAGCGCGCCCUCUCGGCUUGUUUGGCCUUAAUUCCCAUCGCGUCGUCGAUCUCGCCGGCUAUCGACAUUCGUCGUCGCGUCGUGUGUGCAGCUCUAUAUACGUCACCCUCCUGUAUCGUUGGAACUCUGUUCUUCCCUACUCGACCUCGUCAAACCUCGACUCCCGAAAGUUAGGCAAAAAUAAACGAGGUCCGUGUGCAUUGCUUAUCUAGUGCUCGGUCAAAGACUUCAAUCGAAGGUCGUUGUCGUUCUGUGUGUCAUCAAGAAAUCCCAAAAUCGGGUAAAGACGGAGUUAGCAGCGUGAUGUUCACCAAGUACUCGACACAAGGGCCGAACUAGAAUCCUUGCCGUGCUCGCGGAUAGCGCGUCAGAGUUAGUAUGGUAAGCCGAUCCAUAUUUCCGUUAGCUUAAUUAUUGAAUUAGUUCGAUGAAUGUGAUGUAAUUAUUUUCAUGAUUUUGGAGUAGUCGCAUUGGGUAGGUUUGAGAUGUUAAUUAUGUGACGUACGGUAAAUUAGUGAAUAAA